AUGUCAACCUCCGAGAUCCCAUCCAUCACACCGCCUAAGCCCUUCACUGUCGUCUACAGUGACGACGAGGUGAAGGACCUUCGCAACCGUCUUCGCAACACCCGUUUCCCCAACGCUCCUUACCUUCCCGACGAUGAACGUGGACCCAAGAAGCUCUCCUACAAGCCCGACCUUCCUCUCGUCAAGGCUCUUGUCGACAAAUGGGCUGACUGGGACUUUUCUGGCUUCCAAAAGCGUCUGAACAGUUUCCCCCAUUUCACCACCUCCGUUGACUGGUGCACCCAGCUCCACUUUGUCCACAAACGAUCCGACCGCCCUGAUGCGAUCCCUAUCAUGCUCAUCCACGGCUGGCCCGGAAGCUGGUUCGAGUUCUCCCAUGUCAUUGACGAUCUCGCGAACCCAGCUGACAAAGACACCCCAGCAUUCCACGUCGUAGUUCCAUCCCUGCCUGGUUUCCUUCACUCGACCCCGCCGCCCAACAAGCAGGUCGGUAAUGUCCGAGGCUAUUCUCGCAUCCUUGACGCUCUCAUGCGUAGAUUGGGCUACGACCAGUACGCAUCGCAAGGUGGUGAUUGGGGUAGUCCUCACGCUCGUGCUCUCGGUGCCUUCCAUUCUCACAAGGACGGAACUGGUUGCCGUGCCGUCCACCUCAACUUCUGCCCAGUUGCUGCAAAGGGUUUGAGCAAGUUCAUGCUCCACAACCUCCCCGUCAAGGUCACUUUGGGAAUCGCAAAGCUGGUCUACGGUCAAGAAUACCUCGUGAUGGCUGCAAAGGGAAUGUAUUUCGAGCAGAACCGAGCUUACUACGACGUGCAACGCACUCGACCCGUUCAGCUGCUGUACGGUCUUGUCGACUCACCUGUCGGACUUCUCGGCUGGUUGGGAAACAUCUACGACACCUUGGCUGAGCGACGUCCCAACCACCCUCGCUUGAACAUGGACGCAUGUUUGGAAAUUGCCACGUUGUUCUGGUUCACCUCUUCGAUCGGAACUUCGUUCAUUCCUUACACCAACAACACUUUUUUGCCCGAAAUUCACGGCGCACCGGAGUACAAGCUUCCAGUACCUCUCGGAUACUCUGACUUUCCAGAUGAGUUGGUCAACACUCCCAAGUUCGUCGUGGAUGCAACAACGACGAGCGGAAAGACGAGGUGGAUCGCAAAGAGUUCAGUGGGUGGACACUUUGCCGCCCAUGAGGAGCCGACUAUCUUUGUCAGCCAUUUGAGGAACGCAUUCGCCAAGGGAGGCAAAUGGAAGGGUCACGAGUCGGAGGGGAUUGAGUCGCCACAGAUCGCCGGUGGGUUGUGGGAUGAAGUUAGGGACCAACAGGCGAGGGCUUCCAAGAUUUAG